AUGGCAGAUGCUUUGAGCACGCUGUAUGCCGCUCUCAUGGUGCUGUCGAGCAUGGUCUCCAUCUGUGGGAAUCUCCUCCUCCUGGUAGUGCUCCUCCUGAACAAGGAACUUCAGUCCGACACGCUGGGCCUCACCCUAAGCUUCAGUCUCAGCGACCUCGCCCUCGGACUCUCCACCAUCCCCAUUGGAGCCUACAACAGCCUCUUCCAGCCCGCUGGGUACUCCAGCAAGGGUGCCUUCUGUCAGGGCAGCGGCUUCAUUUUCCUUCUUCUGCAGACCGCUUCCCUGCACUCACUCACCUGGGCCACCAUCUACAAGUUCACAGAGAUCUGCUUUGCCCUCAGCUUCAACAGCAUCUGGACGGCGGGGCGAAGCCGGGUGGUGCUGGUUGUGGUCUGGCUGUUCUGCCUAGUGAGUGCCACGAUGCCGCUGCUGGGUUUUGGCAGUUAUACUUACAGCGAGUCGCGGUUCCUCUGCUCCCCGAGCUUCACCCUGGAGAACAGGUACUUUGUGCUGCUGUGGAUGGGGGUGGGCAUCAUUGUGCCAAUCCUCACCAUGUGCUCGCUGUAUGGAUACAUCAUCUAUGUGGCCAGGAAACAGGCCAGGAGGGGAACAUUCAUGUGCAACGAGCUGCACUGCUUCUACGUUCCAGCCAGCAACUACCUGAGGAGCUCCAUCGUGAUGGUUGCAACCUCAGUGUGCUUGCUGGUCUGCUGGCUGCCCUACAUCUCUGUGUGUCUGUACGAGACGGUCAGUGGUCAGCAGAGUCCGGCCGUGACUGCCGCUGUCUCCGUUUGGCUGGUUCUGACCAGUGCGGCGCUCAACCCGUGGAUCACCUGCAUGACCCAGACCAGGUACAGGGCGGCAGUACGUCGAAGUUUCCGCAGUUUCAUUCAGAGGUGUCCAUGUUCCGGGAUGUUCCUGAAAUCCUGCUCCCAGAGCUCCGCCCUCCACCUACACGCAACCAAUCGCAUCAGCACAACAACAACAAGUACAACCGCAACACGGCCCCCAUCUUCACCCAAAACACCAACACCACCAUGA